CCGCGCUUGCGCAUUAGGAUCCUUGUCUGGAGAGAAGAUAAUUUGAUGUUAGGGCGUUAAAUACAUUUUCUCCAUGGAGGACUUUAAAAAAUCCCUGAUGCCGCUGUUUGGAAAUACAUUCAGCCCGAAGAAGACUCCGCCUCGCAAAUCUGCAUCUCUGUCCAGCCUUCAUACGUUGGAUCGCUCAACAAGAGAAAUAGAGCUUGGCCUGGAGUCGGGACCUCCUGCGAUGAACUUAGGAGGCCAGAGCUGGAAAUUUGAGGACGGACAGUGGAUAACAGAAUCUGGUGGAAAUGCUUCUACUAAGGAGGUGCAGCGGCUUAAGAAACGAAAUCUGCAGCUGGAAGAAGAAAAUAACCUUCUAAAAUCAAAGAUUGAAGUUCUGAUGGACAUGCUGACAGAAACUACAGUGGAGUACCACCUGAUGGAGAAAGAAAUCGAAGACAUGAAAACUCAACACCGAAGGAAAAAAUGACAAUCCAGUCUAGUUAGAUCUUUGGAUUUUUUUUUUUUUUUUUAGAGUUUUUUAAAGAUAAAAGGCAGUAAAAUAAAACCACGAGUCAGUUUUCCUCACAAUAAGACAUUCAGCUUUUAACAGGAUGUAAGUCGAUUCAGCUGCUUCCUGUUUUUGUCCCAUUUUUAAAAUAUAAAUGAAAUAUAUUUAUUUUCAUCUGUGAUUAUUUCCACAUACAGCCUAUUUUUAUAAACUGCAUUAAAAAAUAACUAACUUUCUCUUAUAAUUUUCUGCGUUGGUUUUCUUUAUAUUAAUACUAAAUUUAAAAGCUGGACAAACAUUUUAAUACGUCAUUAUUCUGUUUUGGUGCUUUGUGGUUGUUUUUUUUUCUUAGCUUUGGAAACAAAAGACAAAUUAAAAAUGUUUGUUUUUGUUUAAAAAAAUCUAAUUUUGUUGGAAAAAUUAAUAAUAAUAAAAAUAACCCCUUCAUUAUUUAUUAUAAAUAUCUAGAAGGCUCACUGCUACCUGUGCUGAAAUAUCACUGUUUCUUUUUUGUAGAAUGCUGUUUGGAUUUCAAAAUAAAAUUUAUAUUCAAUAUAAAAUACAA